CGCAAAAGCCGAAGCGGAGAAAAAGAAAACAAAGGUGAUUCACAAGAAAUGUCAAAUGAAGAAAAUUUUGCGGCGACGUCGUCGUAAGUGAAGAAAAGUGGCAAAAUUUUGCGAAAAUUUUCGCCGAAACAUUGCACAAUUGCAUCGGAAAACCCGUCCGGACCCACAACGCAUCGACCGUGGAAAUCGCUGCAGGGUUUAGCCCGCGCCCGGAAAAACCCCAAGAUGACGGAGUUUUGCGACGAUGUGAUCAAGCUGUUCCCGCUGCGAACCAUUCCGGAUGUUUUGCGGCUGUUCCGGCAGCAGCUGACGAACCGGGUUGAGGAGCCGGAUUUGACGCUGCUUUCGAUCGUGACCGGGUUGAUUGAGCACUCGCUGACUACGAAGGUGUUGGAAUCGUCCGGGACGGGACCGGGUCAGGUGACCGGAGGGAACCAGCAUCAGCAGCAACCGCACAUUGAAGUGAUCAGCAACUUUCCGGUGAUCCGGUAUGACGUGGUGGAGGGAUUGUACAAGAAAUUCAAGAAUGUGCUGGCUCCGAUCGAGAAGCUGCUGGUGAAAAAUACGAUGGAUUCGAAGUUUGCCAGCCGGGAGAUUAUCAAGAAAGUGUCGGACAUUAUCUGGAACUCGCUACUGAGGAGUUCGUACAAGGACCGGGCCCAUCUGCAGAGCUUGUACAGUUAUCUGUGCGGCAGCAAGCUGGACUGUUUUGGAGUGGCGUUUGCCGUGGUGGCUGGAUGCCAGAUGCUGGGUUACCGGGAUGUCCAUUUGGCCAUUUCGGAGGACCACGUCUGGGUGGUGUUUGGGAAGACCGGAGAGGAGACCAUUGAGGUGACCUGGCAUGGAAAAGGAGCGGAGGACAAACGGGGACAGUCGGUGGCAGCCGGAGUGGAAUCGCAGACGUGGUUAUACGUGGCCGGGAAUCCGGUGGUCUGCUCUCGGUACAUGGAGGUCGCGGCCAUCGUUUCGGCAAUUAAUCCGUCGCUUACAGCGACCAGCGCCUGUUUGGAAGUGGCCGAAAUGCAACAGCAACUGCUCUGGCAGCUGUACGAGAUGGGGCACCUGAAGCGGUAUCCGAUGGCUUUGGGGUGCCUGGGGGAGCUGGAGGAAGUGUCGCCAACGCCCGGCCGGAAGAGCUGCGAGGAGCUGUACAACGAGUCGGUCCGGUCGGCACAGGUUUACUACAAGAACCAUCACGUCUAUCCGUACACGUACCAGGGCGGGUUCUACUACCGGAGGAACAAGUACCGGGAGGCUUUUGCGUCGUGGGCCGAUAGCAGUGAUGUCAUCAGAUUGUACAACUACUCCCGCGAUGACGAAGAGAUCUACAAGGAGUUCCUCGAUAUCGCCAACGAGCUGAUUCCGCAGGUGAUGAAGCUGGAAAGUUCGGGCCACUCGGCGCGGAGCAUCCUGCGCGACUCGCACUGUUUCGCCAACCUGCUCCGUUUCUACGACGGCAUCUGUAUGUGGGAGGAAGGCAGUCUGACGCCGAUCCUGCACAUCGGUUGGGCCAAACCGCUGGUGGCCACGAUUGCCAAGUUCGAUCACGACAUCCGCUCGCAGGUGAUCAUCCAGUGUAGCGACGAGUCCCCUCGGGAUUUCCACGUCAAUGGCAACGAGGCGGAAAAGGUGCCGGAACGGAAGAACGGGGGUCGCCAGGUGGUCAAUAACAAUAAUAAUGUUAUCAAUCUGGAGAAUGGCAAGCCGGACGAGAAAGCCAGUUUGCCCAAAUCGUUGGAGGCUUUGGUGGGUAAGUGUGGCGAGAAGCUGUUGAACCCGGACUUUUUGCUCCAGGGAGGUGGACAGCCGUUCACUUCGGAGGAUAGUGAGUUGGGCUCGGCUGGGGGUCAAAACAACGGCUCGGUGGUCAAGAAUGGCAAGAAGGAGAAAUCCAGCGACAAGAAAGAGGCUACCAUCAAGAAGAAUGAGAUAAAGGUGGAACCGAAACGCGAAUCGCUCCAACUGGUGGAUUCCGAGGACGGAGGUCCCAAGAGACCGCUGAUCACACUGUACAGCCAGAAGAUGAAGGGCCUGAAGGAUCUGCUACUGGCGGAGAAGCUCAACACCAACGCCAUCUCGUUGCAGAUUACGGCCCAGAGCCAGGUGCAGGUAGGUGGUAAAAAGUCCCGCUCGCACCAAGCCGGAACGCAAUCCGGUGGGGCGCAUCAGGAGAACGAGCCGCAAACCCGUUCCUCCAAGCGGGUCCGAAGGGAGUAGGUUGACCAUGAUGGGGAGUAGAGCAACCACGUGGUUGCUAAGGGUUGCGUUCGAAAGGCCGAAACUGUUAGGGAAGUUUUUCCGCCUGAAAGUGGUUUGUUUUUCUGCUAAAAGCAGCUCACGGUCUCUUGGCAAAACUCUCAAAAGCAGUAACCUAUUCUGAAAACUGCGAGAAAGUUUCUGAUGAUCAUUCAUUCUGUUUUUCACCUAAUCUUGGAUGAUGCAUUUAAAAAUUGCUGAUAAAAUAGCAAACUCAAGGUUUAAAUUACAGAAAGCUGAAUCUCGAAAGUGAUUCGACAAGUUUUCAAACGAGGUUAAUCAAAACGCAGAUGUGGUUAACAAUACCAACUUCUUCUUCAAAAUACUUAUUUCAAAACUUCUGCUUUGAGAGUUUCUGCCUUUCGAAAUUCUAUCAAUUAUUCUGUCAUUCAUUUUCGGCCUUUCAACGUAAAAUCCAUUCGCUAAACAUUCCCGGAUGUCCUUAUUUUGAGCUUGAUCUAUAUUUUGUGAUUAAUUUAUUUUAUCGCUUAGUCUUUAGUGGUAUCUACCUGUCUAUGGUAUUCUUCUAUUUUUUACACGAACCAAGUCUUUUUUAGAAAGUGUCGCUUUCAAAGUGACGCCCACUUUAAAACCACGUAAUUCCAUAUUAAGGUUGAGAUUUGUCACGUGCUUUCUCCUUCGUUAUCAAGGAUAUACACUGGAGCAAGCAUUGUGAUGCCAUUUUGUUUUAGAAAAGCAAACCUAUUUAUAUUUUUUAAAUUGUUAAUUUAUUCUGUUUUACGUUUUUUUUCUCUAUCGUGUAACUGAAUCCUAUUAGUUGCUAUUUAUGAUCGUGAUCCGUGGAAUUACGCGGACUUCCAAACGCUUCAUUGUUGAGAGCGGGCGUGGGUUCCUUCUGAAGGAAUAGCCCCCUGUUGUCGCUCUUCGUAACUAUUAUUAUUAUAAUUAUUGUAUUGAGCUAUGUCAAAUCCUCAUUUCGUUUUCUCAUAAAAAAAAAACUGUGAAGACUGACUGAUCGCGGAUCUAAUCUAGUCUUGGUUGAGGUCAGUCUUUUCUAAUAAAAUUGAUUUAAUUUUCGUAUUUUUUAGAACUAUACUCUUGUACGGCUCUAUCCUGUUCGGUAUGAACUCGUUUGGAAUAAUUUUUGACUGUUCAUCGUGUUAGGCCAAAUGGUAUUAUGUUAAAAAAAACUCUUAAGCCGAACGGGAUAUAGUCCGCUAUAAAAAACUAUACAUAUAAUUGACUCGAUGACAACAAAUCGGAAGUUACUUUGAAUAUUAGAGACACUAACUUCCUGAUAUGUUGUCUUCGAGUCUCAAGAAAAUCAAACUAGUUGUAAACAUGGAAUGAAAGCGAGCGAGAACUCUUUUCCAUCCCAAUCUAAAUGUGAAUAAUGAAAAUACCGUAAAGAAUGAGAACUGCUGAAAAUAUGUGAAACAAAAGCGCAAAUCGCACCCAAAUCUAGACAAAGUAAGAUCAUACAAAAAUGACAACCUCAAUCAUGGAACACAAUCGGAAAUUGAAAGUACAAAACAAAACAAAAACAAAAAACUCGAAAUUGCUAAAUUAUUCUCUCAACACAAAUUGACACAGACAAUUGUCCCUAUACAGUUAGUCGGGAUGGUUUCUCCCUUCUCGCAAAAGGGACAAAA